CUCAGCGCCCAGCGGCCGCGCAGGUCCUGUAGUGCGCCUGCGCAGAAGUCUCUCCGCUAGCUAGCUCGCACGGUCGUUCGAUCAGUCGGCGCCGCGUGCUUGCGUGGGACGGGUGUGAGCGAGUGAACGAGCAAACGAGCGUGCGUCUCGGUAGCGGCGGCGGCUCGUCCCGGCACAAUGAGCGGCUUCAGCAGCGAGGAGCGCGCCGCGUCCUCGUCCCCCGAGUACCGCGUCUUCUUCAAAAAUGAAAAAGGACAAUAUAUAUCUCCAUUUCAUGAUAUUCCUAUUUAUGCAGAUAAGGAUGUGUUCCACAUGGUCGUCGAGGUACCACGCUGGACUAAUGCCAAGAUGGAGAUCGCUACCAAGGAUCCUUUAAAUCCAAUUAAGCAGGACGUGAAGAAAGGAAAACUUCGCUUUGUUGCAAAUUUGUUCCCUUAUAAGGGUUACAUCUGGAACUAUGGAGCCAUCCCGCAGACUUGGGAAGACCCAGGACACAAUGACAAGCACACGGGCUGCUGUGGUGACAAUGAUCCAAUUGACGUUUGUGAAAUUGGCAACAAGGUCUUUGACCGAGGUGAGAUCAUCCGGGUGAAAGUCCUCGGCGUACUGGCUAUGAUCGACGAAGGGGAAACCGACUGGAAAGUCAUUGCCAUUAACGUGGAUGAUCCAGAUGCAGCAAAUUAUAAUGAUAUUAGUGACGUCAAGCGGCUGAAACCUGGCUACCUGGAAGCCACCGUGGACUGGUUCAGAAGGUACAAGGUUCCAGAUGGGAAACCUGAGAACGAGUUUGCUUUCAACGCCGAGUUUAAAAAUAAGGAAUUUGCAACUGAUAUUAUUAAAAGCACUCAUGACCAUUGGAAAGCAUUAGUCACUAAGAAAACGGAUGGGAAAGGCAUCAGCUGCUUGAACACGACAGUGGCCGGGAGUCCCUUCCAGUGCAAUGCUGAGGCCGCCAAGGCUAUUGUGGAUGCUUUACCGCCACCUUGUGAAACUGCCUGCAGAGAACCAGCAGAUGUGCAUAAGUGGUUCUAUCACCAGAAGAACUAAGAAAAUGUCUUCGUAUGAGACAUUUGAAGUUCUUGCGUCAUCGGGAAGCGUUCAGAUGCGAAGUAGUUUUCCAGAGCUUUCGAAAUGCAUAGAAUUAAAUUUGUAGGUAAAACAAAUUGUGCUAUGACCAGUUCAAUAUAUUUGGAAUUUUACCCAGCUAAAAUCCUUUUCACAUCUUCAACUAAGAAAACAUUUAUUACAUGCUUAAAUGUUAAAGCAGUUAUCGUUAAGAGGUCAUUUGUGAAUAAAUGUGCAAGAUAAGUACAUAUUGGAUAUAUUUGUUUUUUUCCCCUAUUAGGAAAUAAAAUUACAUUACUGAAA